AUGGAAAAAGCGCCUCCACUUACAUCUGACUUGGUGACUCUGGCUGCAUUUGCCCAUCAGGCAAGCCAAUCGCUUCAUCAGACUAUCGAAAGCUCCCGGUCCGAAAAGCGAGACGUCUCUGAGUCGUGGUAUGGCUUCAAGUCUCUCAGUCUGAUCCUAGAAGCUUUUUGGCAGGUAGCCGCGGAAAACCAAGCCGGAUUCAUCGCAUUAAAGCUACCUCUCUUGCAGUGCGGGAAGAUCUGCACAAAAUUCGCAGAAGCUAUCAGUAAAUGUAUGAUUCAUUCUAAUGGGGAGAAAACAAGAUUCCGGGAAGGGGCGAUUGCAACUUGGAGGACCACCUUGGCUGCAUACAAGCUGGUAAUGAGUAUCGCUCUUGGUGACGCAACUUUCCGUGAAGCUGCCGUGGCUACCGGUGUUCUCGACGACUAUAAGCGGCUGGUCGCGGAUGCGAUGUCUGGCCUCCAGAAACACUCAAAACUCAUGUAUGGAAGGCCGCAAUCUCUACUUGAAUUUGAGUUCAGCAAUGGAAGAGAUGUCGACAAAACGAGCAAUAUAAGGGAAGAGGAUGAAAGCCUAAAGCAAUGCGUUACGAUCUGUGGCAAUGUUUUUAAUUCAGUUGACAACAACCGAUCGCAGAAAUACAGUGCUGGCGAAAAACAAUUCUCGAGUCCAGGACUGAGAGAUGUUGAUAAUGCCGUGACAGUCACCAAGGAGAUGCUUGUGGAAUUCCAAGAUAGGCUCUCCGAGUACUCGACAAUUCUUGACUCCCUUCCGAUGGAAUUGGAUGAGAAACCGCAGACCUUACCAUGGCAAGGAGCAGAACAUAUGAAAUCAGACGAUGCUGAGCCUAAUGACACAAGGGAAGACAGUGACAGUGACACGCCGCACCCUGCAAAAACAGCCCGGAAAAACACCUUCGAGGACAUCACUUCCGCUGAUAAUUCACAUCAACUAAUCGUUUCGACAAUUGGAGACCAAAUAUUGGCCAGACGUAUCUUCACUGGAGCCAUGUCUAUGCAGUGGUUGGGACAGAUGUCCGAUGAUACACUUCAGAGACUUUCCAAGGACCGCAGCAGCCGUGUCGACGAGAAGGUGUCACAAGUACAAACAGGACAAGAUAAAUUUGAUCAAUAUGGCGUCGGGCGCGAUCUUCGCGGGAGAAAGCUAGAAGUGGGACGGGGCCCUUGUUAG